UCAUCCGAGUCUCUUGCUUCCAUCCCCUCCAUUUCCUCUCUUUCUCUCUCUCCUCUCUUUCUCUCUCUAAAUCAUAUACAUAUUAUAUAUAUAAACACAUCCCCCAUUCCCAUUCCUUCCAAUUCCAACACCAACAAAUAGUUAAAAAAAAAAAAAAAAAACAUCUUCUUUCUUAUCCCCUCUUCUUAGUCUCUAUCAAACUCAAACUGCACACAUAUACAUGGAAGAGACAAAUUAAACCAUCAAAACCAUAUAUAUAUAUAUAUAUAUACACACUUAUCCAUUCACUUCAAAAUCAAUCACUGCAAAAAACAAAAAAAAAAAAAAAAAAUGGGACGCUCACCUUGUUGUGAGAAAGCCCAUACCAACAAAGGUGCAUGGACAAAAGAAGAAGACCAACGCCUUAUUGAUUAUAUUCGCAUCCAUGGUGAAGGUUGCUGGCGUUCUCUUCCCAAAGCUGCUGGUUUGCUUAGGUGCGGAAAAAGUUGCAGGCUUAGAUGGAUUAAUUAUCUUCGUCCUGACCUUAAGAGAGGGAAUUUCACUGAAGAAGAAGAUGAACUUAUCAUUAAGCUUCACAGUUUACUUGGAAACAAAUGGUCUCUUAUAGCAGGAAGAUUACCAGGCAGAACCGACAACGAGAUCAAGAACUACUGGAACACCCACAUCAAACGCAAGCUCAUUAGCCGAGGUCUUGACCCUCAAACCCACCGGCCGAUCAACGAGACCACCGGAGCUUCAAUCACAACCGCUGUGAAAUCUUCCCGCUUGGAUUUCAGAGAUAGGUCUUCUCCACCGGCUUUGCCCGUCUCCGAAAUCAAUCUGAUAAUGAAGCCAAAAACAGAGUCCAUUGAAGACGCUAACUUUACCAGCAGUGGAACAACAACAGAGGAAGAACAAGACCACCACGAUUCGCAGAUUCAUAGAGCUCAUGAACCACAACCCAAUUUGGAGCUCACAAUUGGGUUGGUACCGUUUCAGUCCGAGUCGACUCGGUCUUCUUCUUCUUCUUCUUUAAAUACAGCAGAGUCGAAGCUUCAAUGGACUUCUUUUCCUUGUCCAUCCGCAACUGCAAUGGUGGCGGCCAAAGCUGUUUGCUUGUGUUGCCAACUGGGUUUUCAAAACGGGGAGUUUUGUAGAAACUGCUGCCAGAACCCAAAUGGGUUCUAUAGAUUUCAUAGGCCUUUGAAUCCAUAGCUUCUUCAAUUUUCUUUUUCUUUUUUUUUUCUUUUUAUUUUCACAAGAAAAAAAAAUGUAAAAAAUUCAAAUUUUAUAACUAAUUAGACGAAUAGUUUAGAUA